AAAGGUAGCAAAGAGGUCAGUGAGAUCAUUGAUAAGGUUGGUAGGUUUCACCUAAUCCGCCGAGUCGCCACAAACUGAGGGACACAGGUAUAAAACGACAUGAAGGGAAGCAGGAAGCCAUCCUGCACAGAGGCACAAUGAAGGGGCAACUUUCUUUCAGCAUGGUAACUGAUACAACCACGAUGGGCUCAGUGAAAUCAGCUGGACUUUCUAUUCUUCUGUUGUCUUUUCUUUUUUACAUAGCUGAUUCUUACCCCAACAUUGACAUGGGCUGUGAGGAGUGCAAACUGGGAAUGAACAAUCUUUUCUCGAGGGAUCGUCCGGUCUACCAGUGCAUGGGCUGCUGCUUCUCCAGAGCGUACCCAACACCUCUCACGGCCAUGACGAAAAUGGAGAUCCCAAAGAACAUCACCUCGGAGGCAACAUGCUGUGUUGCAAAGGACUACUAUGAGAUAGAGGUGUACGGCAUAAGGGUGAGAAACCACACAGACUGCCACUGCAGCACCUGCUACUACCAUAAGAUAUGAACAUGCUGGGAACUGGAGACAAUUCUGCAGCGCUCGGCUUGGCAACACAUUUUGUUGUUCAUUUGUUUUAAAUUGUAUGCUCAUGUGUUGCCAGAUAAUAUUUUUUUUAGAAAGUCUGUGUCUGUGUUAUUAGCCUACAUUCUUGCAUUGUUAUAUGAUUAAUUGUAGCUUGAAAAGCAAUUAAAAUGUGCAAUCCAGA